GGCGGGCGGGCGGGCGGGGGCGGCUCGAGAGAGGCCACCUCCAUGCGGCGCCUCGGAGGCUGCCUGGCGGUGCUUCCCUUCAGGGAAAGGUUGGCCGGCUAGCCAGCGGGGGCCUUGUCCUCCUAGUCCUCCCUCCCUCCCCUCCUGAAGCCUUUCUCUGCCUUGGCUGCUCAUCCCCCCCCCCUCCACACACACACACACACACACACAGAAGGGGGGCCCUGGCUGCCAGUCACGGGUCUUCAUGAACCCUAAGGAUGUCCGGGAAGCACUACAAGGGUCCUGAAGUCAGUUGUUGCAUCAAGUAUUUCAUCUUCGGCUUCAAUGUGAUCUUCUGGUUCCUGGGAAUAGCAUUUCUUGGAAUUGGACUUUGGGCCUGGAAUGAAAAAGGAGUGUUGUCCAACAUCUCCUCCAUCACUGACUUGGGAGGAUUUGAUCCAGUUUGGCUUUUCCUUGUGGUUGGAGGAGUGAUGUUCAUUUUGGGGUUUGCAGGAUGCAUUGGAGCUCUGCGGGAGAACACCUUCCUUCUCAAGUUUUUCUCAGUAUUCCUGGGAAUUAUCUUCUUCCUGGAACUCACAGCCGGUGUUCUGACAUUUGUUUUCAAAGACUGGAUCAAGGACCAGCUGUAUUUCUUUAUCAACAACAACAUCCGAGCAUACAGAGAUGACAUUGAUUUGCAAAACCUCAUUGACUUCACUCAAGAAUAUUGGCAAUGCUGUGGUGCCUUUGGAGCAGACGACUGGAAUCUCAACAUCUAUUUCAACUGUACGGAUUCCAACGCCAGUCGAGAGCGCUGCGGGGUCCCCUUUUCCUGCUGCACUAAAGAUCCUGCUGAAGAUGUCAUUAAUACUCAAUGUGGCUACGAUGCCAGGCAAAAACCCGAAGUUGAUCAGCAGAUUGUUAUUUACACAAAAGGCUGUGUCCCUCAGUUUGAGAAAUGGCUUCAAGACAACCUCACUAUAGUGGCUGGCAUAUUCAUUGGGAUUGCAUUGUUGCAGAUAUUUGGGAUAUGCUUGGCUCAGAACCUGGUUAGUGAUAUUGAAGCUGUCCGAGCCAGCUGGUAAACUGGCUCACCCCAAGUGGCACAAGACGCUGGACAAUUAAACCUCAACUCUUGGAAGACUCCAUUGUGUCCUGUGGACACACCACUAUAUGGAAAUGGGUAACAGGGAAAUCUCGAGUUCUCAGAUAGUUGGAACUGCAUGGGACCCUUGUUCAUCCCAGAGGGAACAGCUUCAGCCUCAUGCUUGCUAGUGAGAGUUUUUGGAAAAAGCUCCCUUUUCAAAUGUUUUGAGCCAUGUAUCUCUACUGUAUUCAUGCCCAAGUAAAGUGGCAGAUGCUCCUUUCUUCUUUAUUUCGGUGGUAAAGUGACUGCUAUCAGUGGGACCAGAGUCAGGACGUAAUUUAGUGGGGCAUGUUGUUUAUUCUCUGUGUGAGAAGCUUGUCAGACACAAGACAGUUUCUUCCUCUCUUCAGUGCACACCAAAGGAGUGGUGUGUGUGUGUGUGUUUUUAACAGACAAAGAGACCAGCAAUCCUUCUGGGGGAAAAAAAUCACCAAACAGAAAACCACUUUGUACAUCUUGGCCAUUUUGCUUACCAGCCAGAAAUAAUCAGCCUACCAAAACAAAUCCAACAUUGGCUCUGUAAUGCCCUCUAUUGGGGAAUAAUAACUUUAAUUCUUUUUAGGCUUCUUGGAGUCUUAUUUCCAAAAGGGAUAGAAUUUUGAGAUCUUUAUCAGCAAGUUUAAGGAGAAGCAUCAAAGUGUGGUUGUUUUGCACCAUGGUUGGCAAUGUGUAAUGUGAGAAAAGAAGUGAAUGGCAAGGUUUGAGAAUGAAAAGUGUGCUGAAUCUAAAAUGAAUCCAAACUCAGAAUAUUCCAAACUUCGUGGGCAAAAUUGUGGAUCUCAUGUUAGGCCAGCAUUUUGCAAAUGUAUAAGAUGCCCCGCUGAAGCCCUUCUAGGAGGAUAUUUCGCCCAACUUCUGCAUGUAAUGGCUAUAAUAUUUUGGGAUCUGUUCAGUGUGAUUGUUUUGGAUAUUCAUUCUACAGAGGCUUCCAGUUACAAUGUGGUUAUUUAUUAGUGCAAAAGUGGAUUCAGCUAUGACCAUUUGCAUCUCUUUAUUUUGCAGCUAGAUUGUACCACUUGCUUCUCUCUCUUUUUUGUGCGUCUUUCCCACUGAUUUGAAAAUAGUAACACCUUUAUUUAAAAGAUUUAUGAGGUGCGUGAAAUAACCAUUUGAUUUUGAAAGAGGUGAAAACACUAGAACUUGGGAAGAACUGCAGUAGAAACCUCUUUAGAACUGUAAUCCUCGAUACUCUUUCUUCUCUCUGUUUUUCUUUUGAGAAAUGUUUCAUUGAGACUGGUUGGUGUUAAUUCUAGUGAAUGUCUCAGGGGUUUGGUUGCUGGUGUUCAUAUUUGAAUUAGGUAGCAGUGAAAAUGCAAAGCUGACAGUGCCUUCUGUUGGAAGAACUGCAUUGAGCUUUUCUUAUCUAGGGGACGGAGUCUGGUAUAAUCUCAUUGGGCAUGUGGGAGAAUUCAUAGUGUCUUAUCAGUCUGUAGCAAGGAACAUGUGAUAGAGUAGAACAUGUUUUACAAAUCCAGAUAUUACCGGAGUGCAUAGCUGUGGAGACAAACUGAAUCUGGGAAGAAGACAGAUGCAAAUCGAAACCAAACUGUGCACCUUCUUGCAAACCAUCCUCUCAUUUUAGUGAACAGUUGACAGUGUGAAUGAAUGCCUUCUCCAAAAGCUUCCAUUUUCUAUUACUAUUUAAAGAAUUAAGCAUUCCAGAUACACUUACCUCAUUCUUAAAGAGACCCUGGUUAUGACUGUUGGAAACUGUUUGUGCUUUUUGGAGAUGGUCUACCGAAUCCGGCUGCAAUGCCGUUGGCUCUGAAAAUGGCAAUUUCAAACUAAUCUCAUGGGCAGCAUAGUUUGCUGAUCCUUGUUCCUUUCAGUAGCCCAUCUUAGCAUUGUUUGGGAGGUUGCUGAAGUGAAGGGAACAGAAUUUUUGCCUCGAAGUGUCAGAAAAAGAAUGCAACACUGUGGGUUCAAAAAUGUUGGAAGAGCCUAGAAGCAGGGCAUUUGACGUGCAACACUAAACAACCCAAGAUGUCAAGAGAGACUGUGCAACUAUGUUAAAGGAACAUUCCUUUUUCUGUUUCUGCUGCUAUAUGUUUUAGAAGAUGAACUUCCAUGCUUUUGCUUGAAUAUUUACAGCUUUGUUAUGAUGAACCGCUGACUUGUGUUGUUCCUUACCACGGCUUAUUUGUCUCCUAUUGCAAAGACUGAGUUUCUCCUGUCAUUUGUAACUAGUGUUACUAUGUCAUAUUGGUCCUAAGAGUUGUCUUGUUGAUUCCAGAGAAGGGUUAGACUCAAAACAGCUAGAAUAAUGUUAGCUAUGUCCAAAAAUUGUCGGUAGUGUUGUUUGCAUGAGCAAUGUCUGUAUUUUGCUGGCUCCUGAAAGAAAUUCAAAUCUAUUUUUAAGUAAGAAAAAUCUUUGUUUUUCUCCUGACUAAUACCGUUGUUUCUGAUUGUUAAACAAUUUAAGUUGUUGUAUUUUCUUGUAGUUUUUAUACCACCUUUUAACAGUUUGUUCAGAUCUCAUAGGUCCAGCAUCACUGGGCCAGCAUUUGUCCCUGAUAUUGAAGUUGCUGUUUCCCACUCAAACCUGGAUUACCAGCUGUCCAAAUGUAGACUUCUUAAAAAGGUCUUAAACUAACUGAAUCCACAGACUGAAAAUGGGAAAUUUCACACAUCACAUAUUAGGCUAAAUAAACAAGCAAUUGCCAGCCAAUUACUGAUUUUGGUGGGCCGUUUCUGAGUACUGGGAUGGAAUAUGUGAAUAACGCAACUUUUAAAGUUACCUUUAGUAACCCACUCGUUUCCACAUGGACCGAAGUUAUUGUUGCCAUGAUCAGGUGGAAAAUUGUAAGUGGUGGAGGAAGGGGAGCUGGGCAGAUCAUUUCCUAUCCUGCAUAUUGUUUUCUCCCUUGUUUUGUAAUCUCCCCUCCCUUUAACGCUUAAGAUAUAAAAGUUCAAGAGUCUUCUCUCCUGAAGACUUUUUAAUUGAAUUGUGAUCGAAAUUUGUGGCAGCUGAGAGAAAAGGACAGAGGAGGUUCUGGAGGCCAUAAAUGGUCUGAACCAUUUAUGUUUAAUACUCUGAUAUUCCAGCGUAUAUCUCAGGCAUGGUGCACCUAGUUCUCCUAAGUCAGUUCCUCAAACUUUGCAGCAUGUUAGGUUUGGUCUUUAAUGUCUGAACGUUCCUAGUUAUUUUAAUGGCCCUUCUUUACCUCUCUCUCAGUUUGUUUUCUUUCUUGCAAAACAAAAAUAAAAGCUCAAGGUAAAAAAAAUGCUCUGCUUCAAGUGAUGCAAGUAUACUCACCCACACAUUUGUCUUCUAAAUGUGGAAAAUAAAGGAAAUUCUUUGCUUCCUGGUUGGUUCAAGAGAAGCCUUUAAAAAAUUAAAUGCAUCAGAAUAAUUAUAUAGAUGGUUAAGUUAGCACAUGUCAAUGCAUUGCCCACUAACUUGCUCAAAUCUCUUAGAAGCUCAACACAGUUGUAUUUGCUGGAUGUGUGUGGUCACAUUUGUGGAGUGAUUGAAUGAUCAAUCUCAUGUUUCAAGUCACAAAGCCAUUUUUAGUCCUGCAAAUAGUAGCUAAGUGUCCAUAUUGUGUUCUUCACUAUGCAUUUCUGUCCUGGACCAGCAAGAGCUCUCUAGAGUUUUCUUGUUGUUUUAAUAUUUUGCUUAAAUAAUUGCAGGGUUUAAAUGUUCUGUAUUGCCCGUGCUGAGUGAACCAUCUUGGUCCAUGUUUCCUAGCUUAUUCUAUCCCUUGUAAUUUGAAGCUGUGGAACCCCCUCACUGCUUUUUAGGGGGUUUGAUCCUUUUUCUGUUCUCUGAACUGAUUCUUGCUUUCUUUUCUGCGAAAUGCUAUAUGUUUGUUGUGAGAUGAAGACUUGGGGACUUGGCUUUUGCUAGGUUCUAUCUGGUGUGUAAAUAGUAUUUGAAAUGUAAAUAAGUAGCAUGCAAAUGAACUGAUCUGUGCACAGGAUUGUGAUUCAUCAUAAAUAUGUAUUUAUACUGAAAAGGAUGUAUGAGCAGUUUGCCUGUCCGUUAUAAAACUUAAAAGCUUUACAUAUCUCUUGGUUCAAAUGUGGAAUGCUUUAAUAGCCUACCAUCUAGCGUCUGCCUGGCAAAACUGCAGUUUGAGAAAAAUGGUAAGAACAGCCUGCAGUUUUUCAUGAUGUUCAUUCAAGAGCUGCUUUGUAUCUCUUCUUUUCCUACCUGCUUUGUACAAUGAUUUAUCUUACUUAGCUGCUGAAACUACAGGAACUUCAUUGACUACUGCGUUGUCCUGAAACUAAAUAUCAUAUCUUCGCUGGUCACAUUUACCAAAGACAGCUGAAGAGAGUGCAUGUGAAUGGGACUAUAUGAGGCUUGUUUUCCAAAAUUCUUGUCUGCUUAAUGGUCAGAAUGUCAAGCACAAAUUGAUAAAUAAUGGAUAGAUCCAUCCGGCCACGUUGUCCAUUCUUCUCAACCUCACUUGAGCGGGCAUUCACAAAUGCGCUUUGCUCACUUCCAUGUUUUACUGCGUUGUAGUAGGCAUGAUCCUUAGAAUAACUGGAGUGGCACUGGUUUUGUUGGAUUUAACAGUGUUGCAUGUUAUAAUGCCACUGCACCUUUUAAAUUCUCCAUCCUUUUAUUUCCACAGUGCAGAAAUUAAGCUCAUAAAGAUCAUUAAGAGGAGCCUUAUUGCCCUAAUUAAGAGGACUUUCUGUCAUAGAAGCAACAAGGAGAUCUGUGCAGGUUCAUUUUGGGGCACGUUCGAGGCCAUGUUACACUGAAUUAUCUUCAUUCCUUCAAGAAAGUCCUACUGUUGAGGCAGGCUAUCUAACUGUUGGAUUGUUUUUAAGUCUGUGCAUGCCACUUGUUUAGGAACAUCUGUUGCUAAGUUCCCUCGGGAGUUUAAUGCCAAUUCUUGAUGCUUUCAAGCAUCAUAAGUUCUCAAAUUUAUUUAUAUAAAAUAUAAUGUAAUAGUAUGCACACACAUUCUCUAGUAUUUUAAUCUUCCUUAACUAGGGUAUGUCAACAUGACAUUUCUAAAUGUCCGUUUUCUUGUCUGGGUGUAACCACUUCUUUUCAUAUAUCUUGCUUUAUAAUCCAUUUUUAUUUUCAGUGUUGAUACAACUUUUUCAUGUGUUGCUGCAGAUAAAUUACUCCCAUAGUUUGUGUGUGGAGGAAAAUAAUAUAUGAAAGCUAGUUUUCAGACUUGACAUGAAAAGUGAGGUAUAAUACUCAAAGUGGAGUUAGUGACAAAAUCAUCUCCCCUUUUUCUCCCUAGAGUGCACUGUUUUUGAACUGAAAAGGUAUAUUUUCCUUUACGGUUGAUGUGUCAACAUCUUCUGGGACAGUCUUAGGUAUUUGCAGGUCCAGCUCUUGAUCCAUGACAAGGCUUUCUUUGGAGAUUUUGCUUUUGAUGAAGACAACCCUGGAUGAGUCGACAAACACGUCCCUCUUACAGAAUUUCAGUCUUCCUCUCUUUCUGGCAUGGUAUGGCUAUUCCACCAUCCAGGUAAAUUGUAUUACUGGUGAAGGAGGUCUUCAGCAUUAGUAAGAAUUGAGAUGGCUCCUAAAGCCCUGCUUUUUUUUGUCUUCUGCCUCUUCUUGGUAUUUGCAGGUAUCACAGGGCCAAGAAGAGGGGUCCAUUUCAGGACCUUAUGUGAUACCUUAGAAUCUCCUUAGCCAUGGGGGAGCAUUAGGGUCGGUUUUAUCUGUGUAAUGUGCUGAAACUGUAUAGAGGUAUGUGUGCAUGUAUCUGCACAUGGGUGUCUACACACUCCAAUAAGUUUAAGGGUCUGUUAAAGUUCAGCAUCAGUCACACUGGACCACAGUAGAAACUCUUUAGGAGUGCGAAUGAUGAUAAAAUAAACUCUACUUGUAAGUGUCUCACUACAUAGUAUGUGCCUAGCAAAGAUGAACUUGAAACAAGUGUUCCGUUCACAGUCAUACUUUAAAACAAGGUGUGACAUGGUCUGGUCUAUGACUUUGACUAGUUCUUAAUACUGACUUAAUUUCCAAGUAUGUUUCUUCCCUAAAUCGUUGCAUGUUGUGAUUAAGGACACUCACUGUAAUUAUCAUGGUGUUGCGUUUUUAAAUUUUCUUUUUAUAUGAAUGUAUUCUCCUGUGUUGAAAGUCUUGUAAAUUGCGAAAUUGAUUGUAAAAGCCAAUUACACUUAUUGAUGAUGGAAGGUAUUGUUAUAACAGAAUUGCAUGCCAGUACAGUUUGGCAGAAAUUGUGUUGUCUCAUUGCCAGUUGGUCACGCUUGGUCUAGAAAUGGAUAUACUAUUUUGCUUACCUGUCAUCUCAUCUUUGCAUUAGAGUAUGGUAUAUUGUUGCCCAUGCAGAUUUCAGUGGAUGUAACUGGACUUAUACAUGAAGUCAAUACAACUUCUUUGUGUCAGUUUUUAAAGUGUUGACAGUGGUCUUCUUCAUGCUCUCGUACCUUUUUUUUUAAUAGAUGAAAUUGGUAGGAAUGUUUUAAUACUUUUAUUAUGGACAACAUAGUUUUACUAGUUGUGCAGUAUUCUGUAUUUUACUUGAAGUAAAUCAUUUUAUAUGCAAUUUGUUAGUAUAAAAUUACAGUUUUAUAAAUAAAAUUGAGUGACAUCUUGUGUCUA